GAAAAUCAAUGAACGGUUGCGGUCGCCCAAUAGUCGAACGAACACGAGAGUUGAAAGGUCAUCCACCCGGAAGAUCAACAACACAGCGGAAACCAGCGUUGCCGGUGGAGCAAAAAAACAAAACGCCAGGAAAGGGAAGGUUGAGUCCGCCUCGGGAAAAAUGUUGUCCGUCCUCACGUCCGUCGUCUUCGCGGUCCUCGCGAGCCGCCGCGGCUGCUCGCCGGCGGACGUGCCGGACUUCGCGGCUCACUUCGGCUCCAAGACCCGCUACGAGGACUCCCGCGCCUACCGGAGGCUGCUCGCUGAGCCGGCGGCCGUCGACCGCUCGCUCCCGAGGGUCCCGAGCGGAGAGCGCUGCUCCCCGGUGCACCUGACCGCCGUCGUCCGCCACGGCAGCCGCUACCCGACCGUCAAGAACAUCCGCGCCAUGCGGCAGCUCAGCGACCUGCUGAGGACGGCGAGCCCGAGCCCGAGCCCGAGCCGCGAAGACGGCGAGCGCUCCGCGGCCUGGAGGAGGGACGUCCUGCGCCGCUGGGACAUGUGGUACACCGAAGACAUGGACGGUCAGCUGGUGCCCAAAGGCCGAGAGGACCUGCGCCAGCUCGCGACCCGUCUGGCGGUCUCCUUCCCGUCCUUGCUGGGCGAGGAGUCGCUGCGCGCGGGGCGCGUCCGCGUGCUGACCAGCUCCAAGCAUCGAUGCGUGAGCAGCGCCGAGGCCUUCCAGGAAGGACUUCACCUGAGUGCCAACGUGACACUAGCGGUGCGCUACCGCCACCAAGUGGACGACGGGCUGCUGCGCUCCUUUGACAGUUGCCGCGGUUACGUGGAGGGCGUGGAGAAGAACCGCACGGCGCUGGCCGAGGUCUACAAGUUCAAGCGCGGAACGGAGAUGGAGGCGCUGAGGAAGAAGGUGGCGGACAAGCUGGGUCUUCCACACCGCGGCCUCACGCCAGAUCUGCUGGAGGCGGCGUUCUUCUUGUGCUCCUACGAGCUGGCCAUCAAGUCGCUGCACUCGCCCUGGUGUUUCCUGUUCGACCGGGAAGACGCCAAGGUUCUGGAGUACAAGUGCGACCUGAAGCUGUUCUGGAAGCGAGCGCACGGCCACGCCAUCACCCUGGCGGCCAGCUGCCCGCUUUUCCAUCACGUCUUCCGGAGCCUCGACAAGGCCGGGCGCCCGCGCAGGUCCGGCGACACGCCCCCGGAGCCUGCCUCCAUCCUGAUUGGCCACGCCGAGACGCUCCUCCCCUUCCUCGGCCUGCUGGACCUCUAUAAGGAUGAGACUCCGCCCACCGCAGACAACUACCAGUCGCAGCACGCCCGCCGUUUCCGUUCCAGCCUGUUGGUCCCGUACGCAGCCAACGUGGUCCUGGUCCUGUUGGACUGCACGCGAGGCCCCCGCCUGCAGAUGCUGGUCAACGAGGCGCCGGUUCGAUUCCCGGGCUUGCCGGAGGAGGACGCGCCGCUGUAUCGCGACGUGCGGGCGGCGUACCGCCACCUGCUGGACGGAUGCGACUUUCACAAAGAAUGCGAGGGCGCGACCGGCGGCCGCGGACCCAACACCGAACUCUGAUUGGCCCGCCACGGCCACGCGGCCAAUCGCACGGCAACUGCCUGGCCGACAAAAUAACUUGAUUUUGCGCUAUGAACUUAACUUUCCUGCCGCUUGAUUGCAUCUUCUACGGGGGUGAGAUUGCGAAUUACUAACGUGAUUCUGGAAUCUUACUUGCACCUUUUAUUUGUUCAGAAAGACUCGCGUUCGUUUGAUUGACAGUUGGACUUUGCUUUUUGAUCCAAUUUGAUAAGUCCGGGACUAAAUCAAGCGGAAAGCCGUCAGUUGAAUCCGUUCAACUUUUGCGUGAUGCGCUUCGAUUGGACCAACGGCGGCCAAACGUCGUGAAACCACAGCCGGUCAACAACCUUCCCGGUGAUUGUGUGCAUUUUCACAAUAAGAAUUUCGGGUUGAAGGUGAACAUGCUAACGCUUGUUAUGUUGUUGUUCUGCAAUCUUCUCACACUUUUUAUUUAUUAGCUUGAUUGACAGUUGGGCUGAGGAUGAUCAUUUUGUUUGUGUUUUUAUUCAAAUUGAUUCAAAAUUCUAGACCGGCGGCACGGCACGGCACGGUGCCCGACUGGUUAGAGCGUCUGCCUCCCAGUUCUGAGGACCGGGGUUCAAUCUGUGUGGAGUUUGCGCGUUCCCCCCGUGCCCGCGUGGCUUUUCUCCGGGAAAACAUGCGUGUUUGGUUAAUUGACGACUCUCAAUUGCCCGUAGGUGUGAAUGUGAGUGCGACCGGUUGUUUGUUUGUAUGCGCCCUGCGAUUGGCUGGCAACCGGUUGGGGGCGUACCCCGCCUCCUGCCCGACGACAGCUGGGAUGGGCUCCGGCACGCCCGCGACCCGCGUGAGGAGAAGCGCGACAGAAAAUGGAGGGAUGGAUGGAAGUUAUGGACUUUAAAUAAAGCUAUGAAAAAAUA